AUGGGAGCAUUGAGAAUUUCUUUCUUCAUUUUCUUGGCUACUGCGUUCUGCACUGUCCGUGCCAUAUGCACCCAUCCUUCCGUUCGUAAAGAAUGGAGGCAGAUGACUGUCACGGAGAGGAGCAACUGGGUAUCUGCGGUCAAUUGCCUAUCUCAUCACCCUCAUGACCCUAGGUUAAUGCCGACAGUUAAUAUAUCCAUUUCUGCGAUCCCUCCUGUGAACACCACGGGAUCCUAUUAUGAUGAUUUUGUCUACAUGCACAUGGACUUGAAUGUUCUGAUCCACUUCACCGGUCUCUUCCUCCCUUGGCACAGGUGGUACGUAGCUGUCUACGAGACCGCACUGAAGGAAAGAUGUGGUUACGAAGGGUCCUCGCCUUACUGGAACUGGAGCAUGGACUCUGGCAACUUCUUCAGUUCGGCAUUCUUCGAGGACACUGACCCGAAGAGUGGGCUGGGCGGGUGGGGCGACCCCACGAAUGAUUAUCAAGUCCCUGACGGUGGAUUCAGCGACUUCCGUAUCUCUUAUCCGGCUCCGCACACCUUGCGUCGUAAUUUUACGUUGCAACCCUACCUGGGUGCGCCGGCGUCGAUGUCGCCGUUCUUCAUUGACCCUGGGAAAUAUGCGAACACUUCUUUCACACCGGAGGAAGUGUCGAAACUUGUCAAUGGAUUUGUUGGCGAUUUCAAGUCAUUCCAGGCAUAUUUUGAGGCAUUUGAAGGCGCACAUGGGUCUGUGCAUGAGAUAAUGGGAGGUGACCUUGCAGGCAUGUGCCCAAAGAACGCACCCGCGAACUGCACUCCCGGACCCACCUGGUCUGCGAAUGAACCUCUGUUCUGGAUGCAUCAUGCUAUGGUCGAUAAGGUGUGGUACGACUGGCAGCAUAAGAACCCUUCAAACUUCUGGUCCUACUCCGGUGGCUCCGUGGAAGCGAUUACGAACGUAACCUACUACAAUGAGUAUCCUAACGGCGCGCCUCCCUACUUGAAUUUCCAAUCAUUGAUGCCAGCCGACGGUCUAUUCCCUCAAGCGACUAUCCAUGAUGUGUUCAACACCACGGAUGGGAUCUUGUGUUAUGUUUACGAAUGA